AUCUGGCCGAGGGAUAAUCUUCCAAAAAUAUUACUCCACCGACUCAACCGACCCGAAAGAGUACAAACUCCCUGUUGACAGGAUCCGAAAUUUCAGUAUAAUUGCUCACGUAGACCAUGGUAAAAGUACCUUAGCUGAUCGUCUCCUGGAGAUAACAGGGGCGAUCAGAACCAACUCUGGGGCUCAGGUGCUCGACAAACUCCAGGUGGAAAAGGAGCGAGGAAUAACAGUCAAAGCCCAAACUGUCUCCUUAAAAUAUACUUACAAAGAGGAAGAGUACAUGUUGAAUUUGAUCGACACUCCAGGGCAUGUAGACUUCGCUAGUGAAGUUCACAGGUCUCUGUCAGCCUGUCAGGGUGUUAUUCUAGUUGUGGACGCCAAUGAUGGAGUCCAAGCACAGACUGUCGCGAACUUUUAUCUAGCCUUUGGGAAAGAUUUAGUGAUAAUUCCAGCGAUCAACAAGAUUGAUUUGAAGAAUGCAAAUCCGGAGAGAGUUGUUAAGGAAUUAAAUGCUUUGUUUGAUAUUAAUGAAGAAGAUGUGAUCAAGAUUUCUGCUAAACUGGGUAUCAAUGUGGAGAAGAUACUGGAGGCUGUGGUAGAGAGAAUUCCUCCCCCCAAGGUCGACAGGGAAAAAUCCUUCCGAGGACUCAUCUUCGACAGCUGGUACGAUAAAUAUCGAGGAGCCAUUUCCUUGAUUUAUCUGACGGAGGGAUCGAUUUCUGUUGAACAACACAUCACUUCAAUUUAUACUGGAAAAUCGUACGAGAUCAGAGAGCUCAUCCUGCUGAGGCCUGGGAAGGAACACGUGAGAACACUGUAUGCAGGACAAGUGGGCUGUGUGGUCUGUAACAUGAGGUCUUCAGGCGAUGCACAUAUUGGCGACACGAUUCAUCUGAAAAAUGUGCCGGUAAAGCCUUUAACAGGGUUCAACCCAGUCAAAGCAAUAGUCUUUGCUGGAAUUUACCCCAUGGAUCAGUCUCAGCAUCUGUCGUUGAGAAAUGCCAUCGAACGGCUCGUUCUAAAUGACAGCGCCGUCAGUCUGUCGAUAGAGACGAGCCCUGCUUUGGGGUUGGGCUGGAGGCUAGGAUUUUUGGGAUUACUUCACAUGGAAGUAUUCUGUCAAAGACUGGAGCAGGAGUACGGAACAGCUCCAAUUAUUACUGCCCCCAGUGUAACGUAUAAAGCGAAAAUUUGUGGAAAACAGAAUAUCAAGGAUCAUGGGACUGAAGAGAUCACUUUCAACAAUCCUGCACAUUUUCCUAAUCCACAGAUUGUAACGGAGUUCAUGGAACCAAUGGUUUGGGGAACAAUUAUUACACCAAGUAAGAGAGCAAAUCAAUAUGUCAUAUUCGAUCCACAUAAAAAAUGA